AUGCCAAGCAAGCAGUCUACAAGGGGCGAAGUCCCAUGGUCACAACGAUCGUGGUUCUACGAACUGCGACCAUUUCGCGGCAUGUGGUCUGAUCUGUGUCGACGGGCCCCGUAUUAUGCAUCGGACUGGACAGAUGCGCUACAUCCCUCAAACCUAUUCACGGUAGCCACAAGUGUCGUGCGCAUCUUUUUCAUCAAUCUCAUGCCUGCAUUGGCUUACGUUUUGGACAUGUAUGAACGGACAGAGCACAGCUAUGGCGUCAACGAAGUUAUUUUAGCGUCCGCGUUGGCGGCUAUUGUAUUCUCUCUGUUUGGUGUGCAACCUCUUACGUUCGUGGGAGUAACAGGCCUGACGGAUCUCAUGAACUAUACCAUAUACGACAUCUUUCAUGAUCAUUACGGCUUUGAUCAAAUCAAAUAUCUCCGUCUACAGGCUUGGGUACUCAUCUGGGCGGCCGGUUUUCAUUUUGCGGUGGCCAUCUUCAAUCUAUGUGACUUUACGCGGUUUAUUACGGAAAUGACGUCGGAUACAUUUGGACUGUAUGUCGGCGUGAUUUAUGUGGAAAAGGGUAUUGAGCUGUUGAUAUCGGAAUUUUCCUUGCCAGGUCAUGACAAUGCUACGGGCUGGCUGUCUGUCACAAUCGCUGUGCUAUUCUGCGUGUCUGUGUACUUUAUAACGCAAGUCCACUCGUCUGCGUACCUACCUUUUCGGCUUCGACGCCUUGUGGGCUCGUUGGCUUUGACGGCGGGCUGCAUCUUUUGGACCGGUUUCUCCCACUUUCCUAAAACAUCUCUAAAGGAAGUGCCCAUAUCUCAUUUACCUAUUACACGCAGCUUUUUUCCCACAUUGGACCGCGGAUGGAUUGUAGACUUUUGGCACAUCGAGGUUCGAUGGGUGUUUAUCGCGGCGCCACUUGGGUUGAUGAUCAUGCUUCUCUUCUACUUUGAUCACAAUGUGUCGAGCGUUAUGGCACAGGCACGUAAAUUUCCGAUCCAAAAGCCGGCUGGCUUUCACUGGGACUUUUUCUUGCUUGGCAUUACGACGCUGGUAUCAGGCCUAAUGGGCCUGCCAGUGCCAAAUGGCCUCGUUCCGCAGGCGCCUGAUCACACUGACUCGCUGUCGGUGUAUGAGCAAAUGCAGGCGCCAGAGGAUCACGAAAUGGCGCAGGCCAUGGCACCGGAACCCAUGCACCACGUCAGUGAGAAUGCAUCCAUCCUGCAUGUAACGCAUUUCCCACGCGUGCGUACGGUCCGCGUAGUUGAGCAGCGACUCAGUCACCUGGUGAUUGGACUCCUGACAUUGGGGGCCAUGUCGCGACCGAUCCUUGUGGCCUUAGGCACGAUGCCGCGUGCCGUAUUUGCGGGUGUGUUUCUGUUGGUCGGCUGGGCGUCGAUCGAAGCGAAUCCGAUUGUCACACGCACUUUGUCGAUGCUACGUGAUCAGAGCGCAUUGGCGCCAUCUAAGCGCUUGCGGGUCAGACGCACAACAUUGACUGUAUUCGUUGGUAUACAGUGGCUCUUUUUUGGACUGACCAUGGCUAUAUCGCAAACCAUUGCGGCGAUCGGCUUUCCUAUCAUAAUCGUGCUCAUGAUUCCCUGUCGCCAAUACCUGGUGCCCGUGCUCGUACCAGCAAGAGAACUCACUCUGCUCGAUGCACCCACGGCCGAUUCGCCGGCUGUGAUGGUAUCCAUCGGACCAGAGAAAAAAGAGACUGUGGUGCCCUUAUAG